CACAGCCAGGCCAGCCAUUGAUUUGCUGCGGUGUCGUCCGUGCCGUGCUUCUCCGUCGCAGCGGGAGACGGGGCAGCUGACAGCGUUUCCGUGCGAACCCCUUGAAGACGGUUCGACGGUCUGAGAGGACCGGACAACCGCCAACGCGAUGGUGACCACCGCCGAUUCGAACGCGACUCCCCAGAACCAGGCGGACGCGGGCGGCGCCAAGGAAGACGACGAGAGCCAGAAUAUCUGGUCGUCCAUCCUCAAGCAGGUGCAGGAGAGCCUGCCCAACAAGCUGCCGUCGCACAAGCUCCUGCUCGUCAUGGGCGACAACGAGUCCGGUAAGACGACCCUGAUAGCCAAGAUACAGGGCAACGACGACCCCAAGAAAGGAUCGGGUCUCGAGUACCACUACCUCUACGUGCGCGACGAAUACCGCGAGGACCAGACGCGACUCGGGGUGUGGGUGCUGGACGGCGAUCCGUGGCAUCCGAACCUGCUCAAGUUCGUCCUCACCGAGGAGACGCUCGAAGACACGACCGUGCUGCUGACGGCGUCCAUGACGACGCCGUGGUCGCUGCUCGACUCUCUGCAGAGCUGGGCGACCGUGCUGGAAGAACACCUGUCCAGACUCCGCCUCCCGACCAGCACAGUGGAGAAGAACAGGCUUCGCGUCAUGCGCCGCUUCCAGGACUACAUCGAACCGGGAGACGAGAUCGAAGGCGUGAGCUCGCCGCUGCGCCGCACGUCGGCGACGAUCGGAGGCGAGGACGGAGACGCGUCGUCGUCCGCCGCCCACGCGCUGCCGCUGCUGGGCGAAGAAACGCUGGUCAACAACCUCGGGCUCGACGUCGUCGUGGUCGUCACGAAGACGGACUACAUGAGCACGCUGGAGAAGAACUACGACUUCAAGGACGAGCACUUCGACUUCAUCCAGCAGGCGGUGCGCAAGUUCUGCCUGCGCUACGGCGCGGCGCUCUUCUACACGUCCGUCAAGGAGGACAAGAACUGCGACCUCCUCUACAAGUACCUGGUGCACCGCAUCUACGGCUUCCCCUUCAAGACGCCCGCGCUGGUCGUCGAGAAGGACGGCGUCUUCAUACCGUCCGGCUGGGACAACGACAAGAAGAUCGCCAUUCUGUACGAGAACAUCACGUCCGCCUCGCCGGACGACCCCUACUCCGAGGUCAUCACGCGGCCCAUGACCACGCGCAAGCCGCUGCAGCGCGAGCCGGAGGUCCUGGCCGAGGGCGACCAGGCGUUCCUCGCGCGCCAGUUGGCCCAGCUCAACCAGCAGGCGCAGCCGUCUCCCGGACGCGCGACCUCCUCGGACGCUGCGGCGGGGGCCGCGGGAGGCGCGCGGACGCCCGUCGGCGUCCAGAAGUCGGCAGAACGUCGGCUUCCGGGCUCGCACGGCGCCCUCCCCACGCCGGGCAAGAAGGACACCGAGUUUGCCAAGCUGAGUCAGGCCGACGGCGCCAAGGUGGGCAACGAGGGGGUGCUGCAGAACUUCUUCAACAGCCUGCUCAACCGCAAGACGGGGCCCGGCAGCACGCCCAUCCGCACGGCGGCCGACAAGUCGCUCAUGCACAACGAUGCUGCAGCACAGCUGGAGCGCAUGACGCGCUCCAUUGCCAAGAAUAAGGGCCUGCCGCCUGCGAGUCCCGCCGCUGCAUCCUCCGCUGCGCCGACGACGCCGACGGAAGAGACGCCACCGGCCACCAACUCGUUCAGCUCGUGAAGAGGGACUUGCUUCUGGCCCAAGAGUUGGGCUACUUGGCGAGGGUACAAAUUGAAAUUCGUUGCAGCGCAGCACUAGGUACAGGCAAAAGGAAGGCUUUAUCUGUGCGUGGUCUUGUGCUGAAAUGAAGUUCAAGAUGAAUCACUUUUACCAGUGACCCGAAGUAUGAAAUGAUUGGACAGCAAGGGUUUCGGCAGUGCAUUGCUGUGUGGCAGGAUUGGUUGCAUAGUGCACUUCAGAGCAAAGGAUUGGGUAGGGCAGUAAUGUUGCAAAGGUGCCGCGGCAGGCUUGUUUUUUUUUUAAUAGCAUUCAUGUACGCCAUAUAGUGUUGAUGAAACACCCAACUACAACAUGGGAUGAGCAGCAUCCUUUGUCUACACUUUGUGGCACACAUGAACAGGUUGUGAUAGCCUUGCAGCGAAAGGCUUGCUGAAGAACAAUACACAAUAGUUAAGUAUGAAAUCUCAAAAAAAAGAAAGAAAAAAACAGGCAGGCAAGAUUGCUUUGAGGGCCCAGGGACGCCAACCGAUUUUGGUAGAUGCAGCUUACAAGUGAACUUCCCUUGUUUCACAGCUUUUUGUGUCGUUCUGCAUGCAUAGAUCCAGUGAAAAUGAGCUUCUCAUUAUCAGUGGCCAGUAAGUCUGCAUUUUCAUGGCAGAGAUUGAGUGAUGACAUUACAAGAAAGUCGAGCUUCAACCAUGCUUUGCGAACCUGCUUCUGGGCAUCUCUGUUUGAAGGAGCAGUCUGGUGGAGCUUUCCCAACUGCAGCCCGCACGCUAAUACUAUUUUUAGUCUAUUUCCUGGUACAUUAGACCAACUGUACUAUGCACACACGGUAAAAGGUGUGAGUGCCUGGACUUCGCUGUCAUAAAAUCUAAGAGGUCUCUUUUAUAAGGGUUCAUCUUAUAAAAUGGUGACCGUCUAUAAUGUGUCGGUUGUGGUGGUUUGGUAGUAGAAAUGUUCGCAGUGUGGUUUCUUUGGAAUGGAUUUCCCCGGGUCGGUUUGAAGUUAGCAUAAAGCAUGGCUCGGUAUAAACAAGCUUUUGCUACGUACUACGCACUUAGGCAGCUAUGCAGCUGUUCUUGCCAAGAAAUUGCCAUCUAAGCCCAUGCAGUUGUCAGCUUCGAAGUGGCACCGAAGGACUGCAGAUUGAUCGCUUUGCUAGCCGAGUGUUUUACUCUUCAAGUUAAUUCUCACCUGUGAUGUCGUGUUCAGCGGUGACGCAGGUUUCCUCAAGCGUCGACAUGUCCGAUGCUGGGUGUGUAGCUUUACCUUCAGCGCGGCCUUAUUUAUGUUCAGUUGUGGCUUUACUUGCGAAGUGUUCGCUUCAGCUGUGCAAACUUAGAGCAGCUUUAGUAUGCAAAGAAAAAACCAAAAACAAAACAGGUCUGUUCACAUUCCCUACACGAGAUGGUGUCUUUUAAUAUGACGUGUACUGGUUUGCAUGAUGGGAAGAUAUACGAGAAACUGCUUAACAUUUGGUGCAUGUUACAUUGGCUUGAGGGUAGAGCGGGCUUAAUGUAAACACAAUGGAAGUAAUAAAAUGUUUCUGAACUAUGUUUUAUGACAGCUGCAAUGUUGAAAAAUGUGGUUGAGUGGUCUUAAAAAGCAUUUCUUUUGUCA